CUCCGUUUUCAAUUCUAGGCGAGUGGCAGCUGAGGAGUGGGUAGUUAGCUCAGCUAAUAGUACCAUCUUACUCACAACUAAAAACCCAAACCAAACAAAAUUAAAUUUCCUUAUAGUAAGAUUGUUAGAUAGCAAACGUUCUUUAACAACCCUCAUAUAGAUAGAUACACUUUAAAGCUUCAAUUUUUCAACCCCAUUUCAAGAUUUUCCCUUUUCCCAAAACCCAUAAUCAAGAAAGUUCAUUUUUGUAUGCAAUGAGACCAGCUGCAGUAUUUGGUGGAGUGUUCCUUGCAUUAGCAGUGUAUUGUGGAUUAGACCCUUUUAAGCACAGUGCAAUUUCUGAGUUUCCGGAUUUUGAGUCUUUUAAGGUUGAGAUGCCAGCUUGGUCUCAAUUCCCAGUUGAAAAAGACUCACAUAAUUUGCUUCAGAAAUCUGAAAUCAAGUUCUUGAACCAAAUUCAGGGGCCAGAAAGUAUUGCCUUUGACCCUCAGGGUAGAGGACCUUAUACAGGGAUAGCUGAUGGGAGAGUUGUGUUUUGGGAUGGUGAGAAAUGGAAUGAUUUUGCUUAUACAUCAGCUAAUAGGUCAGGCUUAUGUGACCCAAAACCAUCUCCUAUGAGCUAUUUGAAGAACGAGCACAUCUGUGGUAGGCCUUUGGGGUUACGGUUUGACAAAAGAACAGGUGACUUAUAUAUCGCAGAUGCAUAUUUUGGGUUAAUGAAGGUAGGCCCUGAAGGUGGAUUAGCAGAAUCUUUGACAACUGAGGCUGAAGGAGUGCCUCUAGGAUUCACAAAUGACUUGGAUGUUGAUGAUGAAGGGAAUGUUUAUUUUACAGAUAGCAGCACGAAGUACCAACGAAGGAACUUUAUGCAGCUGGUUUUUUCAGCAGAAGAUAGUGGGAGGGUUCUCAAAUACAAUCCUAGGACAAAAGAAACCACUGUUCUUAUCCACAACCUUCAAUUUCCAAAUGGUCUUUCACUUAGCAAGGAUGGUUCCUUCUUUAUAUUUUGUGAAGGUUCCAAGGGCAGAUUACGAAAAUACUGGCUGAAAGGUGAGAAAGCCGGUACCACAGAAGUAAUAGCAAUCCUCCCAGGAUAUCCUGACAAUGUGAGAGCAAAUGAAAGAAAUGAGUUUUGGGUAGCAAUCCACUGUCGGCGCACCAUUUACAGUUACAUAAAUGCUAUAUACCCACCACUUCGUCAAUUCUUGCUGAAGCUUCCCGUCUCUGCAAAGCUCCAAUACCUCAUGCAUAUUGGUGGCCGGCUCCAUGCAGUCGUUGUGAAGUACAGCCCCGAAGGCAAGCUCUUACAGAUAUUGGAAGAUCGACAAGGAAAAGUCGUUAAAGCUGUCAGUGAGGUAGAAGAGAGGGAAGGGAAGCUUUGGAUGGGGAGUGUUCUGAUGUCUUUCAUCUCAGUUUACCAACUAGAAUGAACUCAGGAGCUUUUGCUUUGCUUUCUUUCAUACUUUCAUUAUCAAUCACUUCUCAUUUAGUUUGCCAGAAGACUGGCAUUGGAAAAGACUCAUUUUUACUUCCUUAAGAGUUGUAUGUAGCAUCUAUUUAAAUAAGCAUUAUUAUAACAAGUCUAUCUGAGGAACAUAUAUGUAACCCCUUAUUUUAUGAGAAAUAUUCUUAGAGGAGGCUUUCUUAAACCAAGCCAAAUCAUUUUGCAUAA